AUGCUUGAGAAAGAAGCUGAGGAUUGGUGGCGUAACACUGUUCAAAGAUUUGAUGAGGAUGGCAUUGAAGUGACUUGGGCACUUUUCCGUGAUGCUUUUCUAGAGAAGUAUUUUCCAGAAGAUGUUCGUGGAAUGAAGGAAAUUGAAUUCCUUGAGUUAAAGCAAGGUAAUGGUAUCGUAGUUGAGUAUGCUGCAAAGUUUGAGGAGUUGAUCAAAUUUUGUCCCCAUUACAAUACUGCUAAUGCUGAGAGAUCCAAGUGUCUUAAGUUUGUGAAUGGCUUGAGACCUGAUAUCAAGAAGGCAAUGGGUUACCAACAGAUUACGAGAUUUUAUGAGUUGGUUAACAAGAGUAGGAUCUAUGAUGAGGAUAGCCGUGGGAAUGCUGCUCAUUACAAGUCCUUGCAUGAUAAGAAAGAAAAAUGGCAAUUGUGA